AUGUACAAUUUCAAGUGCUUGUCAACCCGUUUUGGGGUUUUGCUUUUGACAACAAUGACACUGUGGAACAUUCAUAGACCAUUUAUUCCUCCAACCGAGGCAUCGUUUGUCAAAGAUUUCUACGCAAUGCUGUUCGAUGAGGAUGCUGAUGACGCGGCAGUGGAUUCUGAUCAAAAUUUUCCCACUGUUCAGCGUGGCGACAUUUUCGUGGCUGGAAGAAUUCGCAUUAAGGCCGAAGAACUCGGACCUCCUUUGACCGGAAUGGACCUGGCGUAUUACGCAGCCAAAGGCCUGAAAAACGAUGGAACCAAUUGUCAUAGCCCGGAUUCCCCGAAACUGCCGAUCCGCAAACCAGAACACAUAAAAAAGGAUGUGUAUCAGGGCGACAUCUUGACGAACCCAGAGCAUGUGAAAGCUCUGAAAGAGGAAGUUGGUGGCGGUGGCGGCGACUACAAAACAAUGCCAGGAUAUGCUGAAGACACGAGAGACGACCGAGCUGUUUUGUCAAAAGCCCUUGAAACGUUCCACAGCGAAACGUGCCUUCAAUUCGUGCCAAGGACCGACGAGGCCGAUUUCAUCCACAUCACUCCUGUCAACUCACCCAACCAAGAUUUUUGUGCGAGUGUCGUUGGGAAGCAGAACGGAGGUCAAUUGGUGUGUUUGGACAAAGGAUGUUUGUCGUGCUUGGGUCAUCCUGUGCACGAAUUGAUGCAUGCUGCUGGAUUUUGGCACGAACAGUCGAGACCAGAUCGGAAUCAGCACAUCAAGAUCAUGUGGGACAACAUCAGGCCAGGUGAAGAGCACAACUUCAAAAUGCAUGAUCCCAAGGAAAUUAAUUUGCUGAACAGCGAAUAUGACAUUGGAUCAGUGAUGCACUACGGGCCUUACUUCUUUGCCAGAGACCCGUCGAAGAAAACCAUUGUGAACAAAUACCCAAUACCCGUUGGGGUUCACAUGGGGCAACGGGUUGGCCCGAGUGCACUGGAUGUCCAGAAGAUGAACAGACUUUACAAGUGCAGUAUUCCUUGUGACAACGACUACUACAAGGGAACUACCGAGUGUCUGAUCCAAAAACUGAACGGAUCCUGUUUCGAGCCUCAAAUGCAACAACAUUGCAAAAGGGCGUGUGGAUUUUGUUGGUAAAGAAAAAAUAAACAAAUGCAAUCACUAAAUCUGUAUCACGCCAAGUAUAUUCGCUUAACUGUAUCAAAAAUGCAAGCAGUAUAUUAUAAAAAAUAAGCCUGAAAUGUGUCUGUCUGAAUGGAUGUCAGCUGGAAUAAAAUCAAGAACGCAUUUUCACGCUGGGGAAGAAACA